GGAAAGAUGGAGGCGACAUUAAUGAUGAGCUGUGUCUCCAUGAUACGUGAUAUAUAUGAAGUGUAAACUAACUUGCUUACGUGUCACUGCACUGGAUUUGACUCACUGCUCGAAUCGCCCACGUGGAAUCUAACCACGAUCCCAUUUAUUGCUUUUCUCGUUCAUGUUGUGAUUCUUAUUUUUUGCUGAAAGUUAAAUCCCAUGCAAUAGUAACCCUAAGUAUUCAAUUUUAAUGACCUGUGCAGAAAAAAAUACUUAGCCGACAAACUGAAUCCGUGGUUGUUGCUUUGAACGACUUCGACAAAUCUAUCCAUGCAAAUGGGAACUAGCACGUGGGAAUUGUUUCCCCAAUCGGACUCUCUUUUCUCAACUUCAUUGCCUGUUCUUUCCCAUAAUAAGUUUGGCCUCAAUGAACUAAAGCACGAUUUCCAAUCUGUGGAUGACGCCUCUAUGAAGAAAAAUCUUGAAAAUGGUGAUAAUAAUGAAGUGGGAAACUUACUCCCCGAUGACGAAAACGAACUCCUAGCUGGCAUGAUGGACGAUUAUGAUAUUGGUUGGUUGCCAAGUCUUGUAGAUGAAUCCGAAGAAUACGAUCUUUUUGGCAGUGGGGGCGGUUUGGAAUUGGAACUGGAAUCCGAUUCUCAAGAAAAAUCGAGAAUUGGCUUAUCUAAUCUUUCGAUAUCUGAUGACAGUGCUGCAAGUGGAUUGGCUUCUUCCAAUCUCACUAACGGUGUUAAUGGAGAACACCCUCUUGGCGAGCAUCCUUCUAGAACGUUAUUCGUUCGCAAUAUCAACAGUAAUGUUGAGGAUGCAGAGCUUAAAACUCUCUUUGAGCAAUUUGGUGAUAUCAGAACACUGUACACUGCGUGUAAACAUAGGGGUUUCGUGAUGAUUUCGUACUACGAUAUUCGUGCUGCUCGAUCUGCUAUGAGGUCGCUGCAAAAUAAGCCGCUUCGAAGGAGAAAGCUCGAUAUUCAUUUCUCGAUACCCAAAGAGAAUCCAUCCGACAAGGACAUUAAUCAAGGGACUUUGGUCGUGUUUAAUUUGGAUCCGUCGGUUUCCAACGACGAUCUUCGGCAAAUCUUUGGGGCUUAUGGCGAGGUGAAAGAGAUAAGGGAAACACCGCACAAGAGGCAUCACAAAUUUAUUGAAUUUUACGAUGUUCGAGCUGCGGAAUCUGCACUUAAAUGCUUGAAUCGAAGAGAUAUUGCUGGGAAGCGUAUAAAGCUAGAACCUAGUCGCCCUGGUGGGGCCCGCCGAAGUUUGCUGCAGAAUAUAAACCACGAUCUUGAACAAGACGAAAGGAAUUUGCACCAAGUGGGUUCGCAUGGAAACUCUCCCUCUGGUAACUGGCCACAGUUUGGCAGCCCUAUGGAUCGAAAUUCUAUGCACAGCUUCGGUAAGUCACCCGUUUUCAGCUCUCUUAGUCCUCCAUUAGGCAGCAGUUUACCUGGAUUAGCUUCAGUUCUGCAACCUCAAGAUUGCUCUCGUUUGGAACACGUAUUUUCGAACGGAUAUUCGAACUCUCGAGAAAUCUUCGAACAAUCUCAUUCUUUCCCAGAGAAGAUGCUGCUAAGUCAGUUUACUGGAUCUUCUACCCAACCAUUCUCUUGGGGAACUCAAACUACGAGACAAAACCCUUUUAUACCCUUUGACAACCGAGUCGGUUAUUUUCACGAGUCCCCCAAAAUUUCAUUUAUGAGUCACAGUUUUGGUAAUAUGGGUUCUCGUGGAGCUUUAAAUUCCGCCGUUGUUUCAAGAAAAUCGAUGGAAAACGAUUCUCCUGUUUUUAGUGUGAUGUCUUCUCCAAGAGAAAGUCCUAUGUUUUUGGGUAACGGUCAUUUUUCUGGAAAUUUUGAGGGUUUGGCUGAAUUUGGAAGGCCCCGACGAGUUGAAAGCACCGGAGUUUACAUAGAUAACAAGAAAUUGUUUCAAAUUGAUCUCGACAAGAUUCGAAGUGGUGAAGACACUCGAACGACUCUCAUGAUUAAAAAUAUUCCCAACAAGUACACUUCGAAGAUGUUGCUCGCCACCAUUGACGAAUAUCAUAGAGGAACUUACGAUUUUCUUUAUUUGCCCAUUGAUUUCAAGAAUAAAUGCAACGUGGGCUACGCGUUUAUCAACAUGCUGUCUCCAUCAACCAUUAUCCCCUUUUACGAGGCUUUCAAUGGGAGGAAGUGGGAGAAAUUCAAUAGCGAGAAAGUUGCUUAUUUGGCCUUCGCUCGUAUUCAGGGGAAAACGGCCCUCGUUUCACAUUUCCAGAAUUCGAGUCUGAUGAAUGAAGAUAAGCGAUGUAGGCCAAUACUCUUUACUUCAGAACGCCCUGAGUUGAACAACCGUAGAUGAUGAUCCAAGAAAAUAGCCAUGCGAUCGAGCAAAGAAGAGAUAGCGAUCGUGCAUUAUUACAUCAGCUUUUUUAUUUAUUGAAUUAUUAUAUAUAUAACUUCUCCGUUGAUGGAAAAUUUUUGGGACGAGAAGCAUUUCUAUGUUUAUGUUUUGUCGAUUUUUUUUGUAAUGGUGAACCGUGCGUGUAAAUAUUGGUCGUCGUCUUAGGGUUUUUGUUUUAAGGUAAAAAUGUUGAAGGAUAUUCAACCUUGAAUUUUGUAGCAGUUUUUUUGGUAAAUUAGAGUUAUGGAGGUUUAUUGUUUUGUGGAUCAAGAAUUGUAAGGAUGACGUGUCUUUGAAUUUUGAUGACGACAUCAUUAUGGAAUAUUUCAAUUUUGAGUGGAAAUAUAUUUUUGAAGUAUA